AAAAUAUUAAUAAACUGAAAACAAUAGUUAUCUUAACCAUAUUGAUGGAUUAUGCCUUUCAUAAAACAUUAUUAUUAGGCCUAUUACAUUGGGUCUGGGCUGGCUCUCGACGCCCCUGCACUCGAUUAAAUCCAUCUAAAUGGAUAUGACAAAUAUAGUGUGAUUGGAAUAAUACUAUUAUACAUUCUUCUAAUUCUUGAAAAUCUCUGAGGGACUAGAUGAAGAAUAUAGUGUUUAAAAAUAUAUUAGGCCUAAUACUAAUGUUUUAUGAAAGGCAUAAUUGUAAUUUUAAAUUUCUGUUCUUUAUUUCUCUUUCGGCAGGUAACGGGCAAAUUAGACCCCUGUAAGUUUGUAGCAGUCACUAGUACAAAUGCUGCUAAAAUAUUUAACAUUUAUCCUCGAAAGGGAAGAAUCCAAGUUGGAUCUGAUGCAGACAUUGUUAUAUGGGAUCCAACUCAAGUGCGUACCAUCUCAGCCAAGACCCAUCAUCAUAAUACAGACUUUAACAUUUUUGAGGGGAAGAAAUGUCAUGGAGUGCCUAUAUAUGUUAUCUCGCAAGGUCGAGUUGUGGUUGACGAAGGAGAGCUCCACGUCAGUCAAGGUGUAGGUCGUUUUAUUGCUACACCCCCAUUUUCUCAAUAUGUCUACGCCUGUAUUAACGAGAGAGAUCAGGCCAGACAACCAAAAAAGGUGGAACGAGAACCCUAUGAAGGUCCGGUUAAUAAUAUAGUAAUGGAUGGUCCUGGACGGGAGUUUGGGAAAGAUGCUGGCCUUGGUCAACAGGCUGAAUUCCAUACUCGUCCUCCAACUAGUAGCGGAGCUCGCAAUCUUCAGGAUUCAACUUUCAGUAUUUCAGGAGCACAGAUUGAUGACAGCAAGAGCCCUCGCUCUCAUAUUAGAAUCCAGAAUCCUCCUGGUGGACGUUCCACCGGGUUAUGGUAAAUUCAGUGUCUUAAAUGCAGUUCUAAUCUCAACUUUCCAGUUAUUCUCCUCAAGCAGAUGAGUUUUUGUGCUUGUAAUUUAAGUGCACUUCGAAACAAAGAUAUGUCUACAUUGAAUAACUGAUAGAUAUCACUAAAGGGAAUAAAAUGUUGUUGAAUUAUAUUUAAUGAUUGAUAAUUGUGAAAAACUGUUUGAUAAAAAGUGCAAAAUUUAGCAUCUAAGUUGUCAGGAUACAACAGAGGAAUGAAAUAAAUUAAACAGUUUUAAAGAUAUCUAAUGCAGACAUAUCUUUAUUGCAUGUUGCCAAAAUGCUUAUAUAAUACUGUUUCACUGUCUAAUGCAAGUGACUGGAUAAGUAUCAUGAAAUAAUAAAGUGUGACACCAGGUGGGGUUGCACAGAAAACAAUGACUAAUUGAUUAAACUUUCAGUCAUUGAUAAAGAGAUUUUUUGGGAAAGAAGCCUUUCAGGAAUAACAGUGAGAUCACUCCCAUGCUUUUCACUGUGUAGACUUUCCAGGUUCUUUGAGAGGUAAUUGUGACAUUGAUGAAAAAAAAAAAAAGUCUGUGUAUUUAGUUUAUAUUAAUUAUAUAUAUAAAUAACUUUUUAAAUGUAGAAGUAUUUCUAUUUAACAAUAAUACUGCCAAUUUUUUGCCACGCUAUGCCAGACUGAAAAUUUUGUAAAAGCUUUUUUGUAAGGAGUUACUAGUCCUUAACAGAAAGUGUAAAUCAAUGUGUUUUGUGAAAAUAAAGACAAAUUAUUAAAUUA